GAAUGGUUAAAUGAACAUCUCUGGCGUACGCGCUGAAGUGUAUAGUGUAUACACUACAGUGUAUGUUUUCAUGUCAACGAAAAUAGUUUGUUCGCGAGUGGUAUUCGUCUUCUGAUCCGCUAUGUCGGACUAUGAAAUGUGUAGAACUGGCAAGCUUGUGUUAAAAGGGGAGAAACGAAAGAAGUCACACAAGAAGAAAAAGACACAUGAGCCCACUCCAGAAGUGAAUGAAGAAACAAAGAAACUAAAUGAUGAAGACACAGUUAAGCACGGUGGUUGGUGGAAAGCUGGAUCAAUUUAUGAUGUACAUGGACCAGUUGCUCUUGAAUUUGGAAAUCAGACUUAUGCAAAGGCAUUAGAUGAUGGCCUCUUUAUGCUAGGAGCACCACAUCCUGAAGGUGAAGGUCCAUCUCCAGAAGAAAUUCUGUCUGCUCUUAUAAUUGAUGACACAAAAAUUGCUUUAAAAUCAGGCUAUGGCAAAUAUCUAACUGCCUGUAAAGAUGGAAAAGUGACUGGACGAUCAGCUGCAUGCGGACCUAUGGAGCAGUGGGAACCAAUUUUUCAGGAUGGAAAGACAGCACUUCUUGGAUAUUCUGGUUGCUUUAUGAGUGUAUCAGAGGAUGACAUGCUCAUGGCUGUGAAUCGUGUUGUUGGGCCUAAUGAGGUUUUGCAAAUUCGUUCUUGUGCAGUCCAAGAAGCUCCAAAAACUUCAAGUUUGCCUGCAGAAGAGGAAGGAAAUGUUAAACAAGUAGAAAUCAAUUUUGUGAAAAAAUUUCAGAAGUUUCAAGAUAAAAAACUGCGCCUAAAUCCAGGUGAUUAUAAGGAAGUAAAAAAAGCCAGAAAAGAAGGAACCCUUCAUGGAGUGCUGCUUGACCGCCGAGCAAAGAUGAAGUCAGAUCGAUAUUGUAAAUGAUUGGGAUGUAGUAUGCAGAUUGCUAAUAAAUCUGUUUCAUUGAUAAAACUGUUGAGUGAUGCUAUCUGUGUGUGCCGUACUGACGAUCUACGACUGGUUUUCCAGCUGAUUCCUGAAAAUAUCCAUUGUUCAUUAGUUUUAUUUCUGAUAUGUGUUAACAGUUCUCUAUAUUUAGUGGAAAUUGUAUGUGUAAAUGUCAGUAGAUUAUUUUCACAGUCACAUUAUAUAAUAUUUCACUUGUACAUUUUUCAUUAUGUGAUGAAUUUUGUAAAAGAUCUCUACAAAAAUAGUAAAAGUAAAAUAAAACAUA